AUGAAACUCUUGCCCGCUGUCUCUCUCGGUGCUUGGGGUGUUGCGUCUGUGUCGGCAACUUGUCUUCUCGAUCUGGGUUAUGCGAGAUACUCGGGCCAUGAAAACACAACAACGGGGUGCGCGUCUAUACUUUCAUUCCUGAACCUUCAUCUAAAAUCGAUAACAUGUAGAAUUUGCGUCUAUUACGGCGUUCAUCACUCACAGGCUCCCGUCGGCGCCCUUCGUUGGGAGGCUCCAUUGCCCAUUGAGGCAAACAAUAACUUCCUGAGCAUGGGUGUAAUCAAUGCGGCGACCGUCGGCCCAACUUGCAUUCAAGGCAUUCCGUACUGGAGCAAUUCUACGCCAGGAAACCCGACUAGUCAAGAGGAUUGUCUGCGUGCAGAUGUCUACAUGCCGAUCAGGCCGACCUCGGGAUCUCUCCCGAUCUUGGUCCAGGUCCAUGGCGGAGGCUAUACCGAAGGCUCCUCCAUGUCAGAACCGGGCGACGCGAUCAUGUAUGCCGCAAAUGGGUCGCUAGUUUAUGUCUCCAUCCAAUACCGCCUUGGCGGCUUCGGAUACCUUAACAGCGUUGAAGUUCGUCAGAAUGGAUCACCGAACGUCGGCCUUCUCGAUCAACGUGCUGCUAUGCAAUGGACCCAGCGUUAUGCCCGAUACUUUGGCGGCGAUCCAAGCCAGAUUACAAUUAUUGGUGGGAGCGCUGGAGGGGGUUCUGUUAUGAAUCAGAUGAUCUUGUAUGGCGGUGUCACAAGCCCUCCCUUCCGUGCCGCGAUUGCCGCAGAGUAUCCCUGGUGGCAGCCUUACAAAAACGACUCUGCCCUUGAAACGCAAUAUCGACAGCUUCUGACGGCCACGGGUUGCAGCGAUCUAGCUUGCCUUCGUGCAUUGGACGAGACUUCUUUGGCUACCGCGUCUCAGGAAGUCUAUGUCCAGGCAUAUGCAGCAGGGUCCUAUGGUUACGGUGACUUCUACUUCGGACCCGCCGUUGACGGAGAAAUCAUUCGUGACCUUCCAUCGAAUGAGUUCAAGCAGGGACAUUUUACUAAAGUACCGCUCCUUGUCAACCGAGAUGGUUAUGAAGGUGUCAUUUUCUCCAACCUAAGUGUCACGACCAUGGAGGAGGAACUUGAAGACAUGCUCAAUUUGUUCCCUUACGCUGGACAAUCCUUCAUCAACCGACUCUACGAAUUAUACCCGCUGAGCGCGUACAAUUCGACCUUUUACCAUCGCGCUCAAGUCUUCGAUAUUCUCCGUGCUGUCUGUCUUCUCUUCUUCGCAUUCAACAGUACGUUCUACCACCGUGCGCAGUUGUUCGGUGACGCAGUAGUCGAAUGUCCUACGUACUGGCUCUCUUCUGCCGUCUCGGACGCGGGGCUGCCGGUGUACAAGGUGCUGUUCUACGCUGGGAGUGAGGUGCACGGCGCCACGAGCCCGUACCUGUAUUUCGAGAACAACGACGGGACAUACAUGGCGAACGAUACCAUUGGGGCAUAUAUGAAAGACUGGAUGGUGAGUUUCACAACUCACCUGGACCCGAACGCGGUGAGCUACUCUGGGCUGGACAAGCCGUAUUGGCCUGUGUGGUCGGAUCAGAGCACGGGGUUGGGAUGGAACGCGAUGGAUGUGAAUUUCACGGAGAUUGGCGUGGUGAGGGACUAUGAUGUGAGCGAGAGGUGUGAUUGGUUCCAUAGUCAGAAUGCUGUGAUUAGGAAUUAG